AUGCAGGGUGAAAAGAGACAAGAGAUGAAUGACACUCAUCUGCGAGGAACGAUGCAACUGACCUCGAACGCUGGCUCGUAUUGGGGAAAAUCUCGGAGAAAAGUGCAGAUUUGUAGGACCCCAGAAUUCGGUCAGCCAAUCCCGCAGACUAACUUAAUCGAUAACGUAAGAAGUGAAGCCAAGAUCAUAACACUGCGGGUUAGAGGAUUGGGGGAGUUUUUUUUUUCUGAGGAUUUUUUUCCUUCCGCAAGGAUAAACCUACCUGCAAAGGAGGGGCAAUCGUCAGUCAUGAGCAAAAUAUUUUUUCCGGCCGGAGGAAGCGAUAUCAUGCCCCUUGGGGGAAUUACUGGUGCUGGUAUGAUACUGUGCUAGGACAUACUCGAGUAUGAUACUAUUAAGGAGGGAGGAAGAACUAAGGUGUAAAAAAGGGAACGAAGAGGAUGAGAAAGGAGAGGAUUCCUUUCGAGAUUCAGAACCACUGCUAUCCAGGGCUUAGAGACCCGACGGUGGAGAGCCGGAGGGUUGACCCAUUGCCCGCUUGUUUGUCAUAAACCGGGGAAACAACCAUUAUACAGUGCUCGUAUGGAGCGAGAAAGAAACAAUAACCUCGGUAGACAGUCGGAAAAUGGAGGGUGGGGGGAUAGAGGAGCUCUGGGCCCGCCAAACUGUCCCAUACUGUACUCGAGUACGAGUAGAACCUCAAAUAAUCGAACCGCAUGCUACCAGUAUGUCGUUCGAGCUGUCCUAUCCGGUAAGGUCUGGUAUUAUUAUUAUUUUGUCCUCAUGUCCUUCAGAGGGGCUAAAGGACCCACCUUUCGCCGUGCUUUUCGCACCUUUUCCAGAGAAGGAAAUUUUGGACUACCUACCAUAGCACACGGUUCAAUCAUUUGGGCUUCCUUCCGUAAGUUAACCAACAUAAAAAGAAUGGGAGGGAAAAAAUAUUAUUCGAACUCCCUUUUCUUCUUCUCACGUCUCCUCCUUUCUCAAAUGUUUAUAGAGUCUUCUCAGUCAUUGACCGAGAGAACGAAAUAAGAGAGUACCAGUUCCAAAAAUUUACUCUGCCCUAGUGAUCUUUCCCCCUUUCGAUUCUG